AUGCUUCCGACACCUGCCCUCGCCACCACGCAGGUCGAGGCAAGCACUUCUCAGCCUGCACCGCCAGAAGCUCCGGCUGCACCAUCUUCACCUAAACCCACACAGCCAUCAGAUGCCGCAAACCAAGAUGGACCGGUCCAAGAGCAAUACCUUCUCGUGCUCUCAGGCCUGAUCGGUAGCGGCAAGUCCACCUUCGCACGUGCCCUAGUCGAUCGCUUCCCAACAUGGCGUCACUGUAACCAAGACGAGCUAGGCGACCGACGUGCAGUUCUCUAUGCCGCCCAAACAGGCCUCCUUGCAGGCCACAACGUUGUCAUCGACCGCACCAACAUCGACGCCAAACAACGCCGUACUUGGCUCGAGCUCGCACAAGAGAUCUCAUCAGCCGAGGGUUCCACAAGGAAGAUUAUCACAAUCUCACUCACACUCACCAUCUCGAUCAAAGCCGCUCAAGAACGUCUGCGCAUCAGGAAAGAUCACGAGACGAUCAAGACAGCAGAACAAGCCUUGGAGAUUCUACCGCAUUUCCUGAGGACGUAUCAGAAGGCAACUACGGAGGAAGGAUUUCAUUAUGUGCUGACGUAUCCUGCGGGAAAGAUGUCAAGGGAACCAGUUGAGGAGGAAGCGAAGAAAAUGUUGUUUGACAGGUUAGAGACAGAGGUUAGAGCUGAGGGGAAGUUGCCAGAGAGACCACCGCCGAGAGCAGGCGGUGCGGGGAGAGGUAUGGGUGGAGGAAGGGGAAGAGGCGAAUGGAGGGGGAGAGGUAGAGCAUCAUCUGCUGUCUACACCCCGCAUCACACGCAUCAGCACCAGCCGUACCCUAGUCAGCACGAGCGUUACCAGUACGCACAGCAAGGGCAGAAUGGAAUCACACAGCAAUCAGUAGCUACAACACCUUCGUUCGCGGCGGCCGCAGCCAUCCCUCCGCCACCAACAGCCUUGCAACAUCAGGCUCAGCUUGAACCUCAAUUUCAACUCAUUGACACUACAAUAUACCCAACGAUAUCAUGA